AUGAACUAAAAUCAAAAUAUAAAAGCCUUAAAAGAACAUUGUAUUUAUUGUUUCGAUGUUUUAAUCUCGCUUUUAAAUAAUAAAAAACCGCCUGUAUAUCCUUAAAAUCUUCCUAAAUAUAAAGUUCCUUUAUUUGUUACAUGGCAUAUCAACCAAAAUGAUCUUAGAGGAUGUAUAGGAACAUUUUCGCAUAACCCAAUAGAUUAAAUGUUAGGUUAAUAUGCUUAAAUAAGUGCUUUCUAAGACGAUAGAUUCGAUCCUAUAUCAUUAAAAGAAAUAGAAAAACUUUCAGUAGCAGUAAGUCUUUUAGUAAAUUUUGAAGAAAACUUAAAAGCUUUUGAUUGGGAAGUAGGAAAACAUGGAAUUAUUAUUAGUUUUAAAGAUAAUGAAAGAGAAUACAAUGGAACUUUUUUACCUGAAGUAGCCAAAGAAUAAGGUUGGGAUUAAAGGUUAACAUUAGAAUAUUUAAUAAAGAAAACAGGAUGUAAAAAUAAAAAUAUAGAUGAUAUAAUUCAAAAGAUAAACUUAACAAGAUAUUAAUCUUCUAAAUUUGAAUUAAGUUAUAAUGAAUAUAUAUAAAGAUAAUGA